AUGAUUGUUAUUCCUUAUUUCCCUAAAAUUAUUUCCAUUUUUAUUAUUUGUUCAAUCACUUUGGUUGAAUCGCUCAACUGUCCCUUAACUCCAAAUCCUCAUGAAUCCCUUCAAACAUUUAUUAUUCAACUCUCCUCAACGGCCUCAAGAGAUGUAAUAAAUAAUCAUUAUGCAAUGUUAAUAUCUUGUUUUAAUAAAAUUAUUAGUAAUGAUUUCACGAUUCAAUCAAGCAAUCCUAGCAUUAUUAAAGAUGUCAGUUUUGGAUCAUUCAUUUGCUACAUCGGAAAAUUUGGUCCUAGUGAUGCUGCUAGAUUGGCUCGUUUACCUGAGGUUGCUAAUGUAGAGCGUAAUAUAAAAUUUAAUAUUAAUUCAAUGCGAACUCCCACUACUGAAACUUCUACAAUUCCUAACAAUCUGGAUCGUAUUGACCAACCAAGCCUUCCAUUGGAUGGAAUAUAUAAUUUUCCUAGUAGUGCGGGUUCUAAUGUAAAUGUUUAUGUUGUUGAUACAGGUAUUAAUGUAAAUCAUACAGAAUUUGGAGGACGGGCAAUAUUCGGUCCUGUUUUCUGUGAAGGAUGUCCGCCUUACGAUGAUAAUGGUAUGUCCAUAGGCUUUUUUGAUACAUCAUUCGUUUUAAAUAAUGCGACUGCAGAAGUAGGUUUAAAGGGUGUCCAUGUUGUUCUCGCUGCUGGAAAUUCUGCAACAAAUGCUUGUUUAUUCACACCGCAAUCAGCACCUAAUGCAAUAACAGUUGCAGCUACUGAGACUAAUACUGAUAGCAUCACAGACUUUUCAAACUUUGGAAUAUGUGUUAAUAUCUUUGCACCAGGUAAUAACUUAAAACUUGCAUUAACGGCGGACUUGUGGAAUUGGUCACAUGGCAUAUUGCAGGAAGUAAUUUGCACAAAUAUUACUGCAGCCGGUAAUCGGUCAUCUACAGAUUUAAUAGCAUUUACAGGAACCAGUCAAGCAUCCCCUCACGUUGCUGGAGCAGUUGCUUUGAUUAUUGCAUCUAGCGGAAAUAAAUCUCCUGAUGAAAUGAAGAAAUUCCUCGAUGACAUAUCUACAAAAGAUGUAGUAACGGGUUAUAUUAUUGAUACUCCAAACAGAUUUAUACGUGUUCCACAUUCUUAA